AUGCAAAUCUCCGAUGAUGCCUUUAUCGCCCACGACCUUGCGCGUUUCAACCAUGCCCCGGAUUCUAUUAUGUACUACACAGGUGGAGUGGUCAUGAACUUAACAGAGCACAUCGAGGACAUGAGGCUUACGUUUUCGGUAUAUUCCAAUGUUGCUCCCCAUAAUCAUAAUUAUAGGGAGCUCCUCGGAGAGGGCGUCUGGACUGUUGCUCUGGCAAAGGUCGACGGCAUUAAUGAUGGCCCGAUUCCGGGCUUGUCAGGAGAGUUCUUGCCGCCUACUGGGCGGGCUGUCACAUUUGAGCUUAUGACCAUCGCUCGCUGGGAUGGAGGCAUGAUGAAAGAAGAGUACCUCUGGUCUGAUGGUCCGAGUCUCUACCGUCAAUUUGGUAUUCUCCCAACACCACCAGCCAAGGAUCUCCCCAAUAUUGAACUCAACCCGUUCAUCACGCCGGUCUCCACCACACCUGGUAUUGAUAAGUCAGCCAUCAACAAGGCUAAAAUGACCGAGUCCGACGACGGUCUCAAUGCUGGAACAUUCGAUUACCAGAGUCUGCACCUCUCGCCGAAUCUGACCGUCUAUGGCCUUACAGAUACUCCUCUUAGCCUUGAUGGAUAUCUUGAAAAGCUGGCCAUGCUCAAAAAAGCGUUCCCAGACCUCAGACUUGAGAACAAGCCAUACAGGCAGGUUGUUGCCCAAGGGGAUUGGACUGCGACCAUUGCCAUGCUCAGCGGCACGCACCAAGGCCCAUUAAGCCUCCCGCCCUAUCUAGCUUCCGCUCCGGUGCAGCCAACUGGCAAGAGGUUUGAUCUGCUGCACUACACUAUUUGCCGAUGGCAAAAUGGUCUGAUUGUCGACAUGAGGAUCAACCUUGACACUUUUGGCAUCCUUCGUGAGAUUGGAAUAGCCCUUUAG